AACUCUACGGUAGAGGGUUGCUGAAGUGAUCAGACAGCAUGGCUCAAGGAAAGCAAAAGUUUAAAGCACAACGACCAGGAGGUGCUAAAAAACAGCAGCAAAAUAAGGUGAAGGGGCCUAAGAAAGGAGGGAGAAUCAUUGCCCCUAAGAAGGCUCAGGUGGUACAGCAGCAGAAACUGAAGAAGGGCCUGGAGGUGGCCAUCAGGAACAAGAUAGAGCAGGAGGUCACGCAGCGAGCGAGCUCGUCACUGCACAAGCGGCUAAGCGUGCUGAAAGGCAGUGAGGGACAAGGCUCCGGACCCGCACACCCAGCAGGCAGCUCCUCCAAAUAGAGACCCCACACCUGCUGUCCCACUGUAACGCUUGAGGCCAGGGGGUCAGAGUGGACCAGCCAUUGCCGUUUAUUCUGUGCGUGUCGUCCACUAGGGGGCAGCAAAUGUGUGUCAGUGCGCAGUCCUUAGCCAACUGACCAACUUUGACCAAGGGAAAGUAAAAACGAAAAUGUAAUGACAGCAAAGCUUUUGAUCUGCUUAUCCGACAUGAACUGGACGAAGGAGUUUGUGAAAGUGGACCCCACUGUCCAUAGGACAUAGCUUUAUGAUUGAUGAACAUGUACAUCCAUGGUACAGUUUGGCAGUUGAAGAGCACCACGUGGUUGCCCUGAUUGCUAUUUCAGGUAUAUGGCAUAUUGUUGGUGUUUGUUUUUAACCACCAGAAAUAGUUUGUUUUAAGUUUUAGUUGAUCAUUUUAUAAAAUGCAUUUGAAUGUUAUUAAAUAGUCACAAAGAUUACAUCAGAGACUGAGGGCAGGAAUGUUUGUAAAGUAACUCAUGUUUCCAGAAGAUAAAUCGUAUCUUCAUAUUUGCCACAAUAAUACAAAUUGGAUCAUUAAACCAUAUUGCCAUGGUUUAAAAAAUCAAUAUAUAAAUACUUCCAAAUACAGUUUGCUUAUUUGUAUGCUUUUGUGCUGUUGAAACAGGGUAUCUUUAGUGAGAAAUGAAGUUGAAAUUUUCCCACAGCAGAAUCCAAGUUAAAAGUCUAAUUUUUCAAUAAUUAUUACCCACAAGGUACAAGAAAAAGUCAAGAACAGGAAUUGUAUUAUCACAAAAACAAUGUUUCUUUUUGUAAAUGUUCAUGCACAAGCAUUUAAAGGAGUAAUGUCAG